AUGCAGAACAUACAGCAGUAUAUGGAUCAGCAAAUGGAGUUACAAAAAGAGUGGAACAUAAGAUGCAUGAAAACAAUCAACCAGCAUUUUAUACAAACAAGCACAUUGGACAGUGAAGUUAGAAACAAUCAGUUUGGUGAUAAUGAUCCAAUGAUGACAAAACAAUACCCAGAGUCAAAUCAAAGGAAUAUUCCACAAGCACCUAAUAUAGAAAGAAGCAUGGGACCACAAGAAGGUAAUUAUCCUUCAACUCCAGUAAUUAAUAAUCUAAUUGCAAGAAUUGAUUCAGAAAUUUCACAAGUAGAAGGGUUAGGUUUAGAUGUUAAAUCAGUGAAGUAUAAGUUGACAAACAGAAAAUAUCUAGUAUUAAAUUAUGUAUUAUUAAGUUUAAUAUCAGAUGUACAAGGAAUAUUCAACAAAAAGGCAACAAUAACAGAGCAAAUUCACAGAUGGUAG